GCCUGUAUCGUGCGAUGGCACGCGUCUUGUACUCCCACUAUGUUCCUUUCAUCACUGUAUCCUACCACCUGAGCUUGUACUCCUGUACCCUAAGCUGCUUUGCAAUUGCUUGUCUCGUCUCAAGUCUCGAGCUUCAACUCGCUCCUCAAGAUUACCCGUCAGCGGCAGGUAUUUCUACCGAGCUCCGAGUGGUUCCCUUAGAGGUAAUCCUGUGCGCGGUCAGAGAUGCUGAAUUGAUGGAAUCGAGAUCAGGGUCCAGUCCCAUCACACGCCACAGCGGCGAUCACACCUGCCUCGUGCAUCUCAUUACAGCACCUGGCUUCCUUCCAUACCUCUACAGCUUUAUCCUUUACUUCAUCCUGCUUGCCCUUCCUGGCUACAUUGCUGCUUGCUCUCGACGACUGCAGACACCUCGUUGAUCAAUAGCAACACCGGGACACCUUCGAGAGCGACGGAGGCGAGCGAACGACAUGCGGGAGUGGCUGGGCAAGCACUGAAGAGACCCGAG